AUGCUCGGUGCAAUACACUCGCUCUUACUUGUUUCAUCUUGUACACUCGUGUCGUCAUCCAGACCGCAUAUAAUAUUCAUCCUCGCCGAUGACUUGGGUUGGAGCGAUGUUGGCUAUCAUGGUUCCGUUAUAAAAACACCAAACAUCGACGCAUUAGCGUCAGAGGGGGUGAAACUAGACAACUAUUAUAUGUCGUUGUUAUGUACGCCAUCGAGAGGUCAGUUAUUGUCUGGUAGAUACGAGAUUCACACUGGAUUACAACAUCGUACCAUCGAUAUGAUGCAACCACUGUGUUUACCCAUCGACGAAACCAUUUUACCACAAAAGUUAAAAGAACGUGGAUAUGCCACUCACAUGGUAGGGAAAUGGCAUCUGGGAUUUUACAGAAAAGAAUGUUUACCGAAUUACAGAGGAUUCGAUACAUUUAUGGGUUUUUAUCAGGGCAUGGCCGAUUACUAUUAUCACAAUAUCAGUACUGGAAUAUAUCAUGGCUGGGAUUUUCGACGAAAUAAUGACGUCAUCGCUCAAAAGUAUGCUGGUCAAUAUUCAACCCACGUGUUUGCAGAUGAGGCCCAGAUUAUUAUAAUGAAGCAUAACCCAGAAGUACCUCUUUUUCUGUUCCUCUCAUUCCAAGCCAUUCAUCUUCCACUGCAAGUACCAUCACGAUACGCAGACAUGUACAAGACCCUCAUUCCGAAUAACGCCGACAGACAAAAGUACGCAGGCAUGGUAACAUGCAUGGAUGAAGCUGUCGGUCGCGUUGUCACCGCUUUGAAACACACUGGUUUAUGGGAGAACAGCGUCCUUGUAUUCUCAACAGACAAUGGCGGAAUUCUUGGUGGCAACUGGCCUCUGAGAGGCAGUAAAGCGUCGUUAUAUGAAGGCGGUGUCCGUGGAGUGGGAUUCGUCACCAGUCCAUUGCUGCCCAGCAGAGUCCGCGGCACGGUCAACAGAGAGCUGCUACACAUGACUGAUUGGCUUCCUACCUUGGUUCGAUUGGCUGGUGGCGAUUUGAUGGGCACUAAACCAUUAGAUGGUUACAAUCAGUGGGAAACAAUCAGUCAAGGUACACCGUCUGUUCGAGAUGAAGUCUUGCUGACUAUUGACCCACUGAUAGCGAAGGCGCAUCAUUUUAAAGAUGAUCCGUACGCUGACAAUGAUAGUUUCAAUGUUUUAAUAAGAGCGGCUAUCAGAGUUGGUGACUGGAAACUUAUUACAGGACCACCCGGUAAUGGUAGCUGGGGUACUCCUGUCGAAUUUGGCUUCAAAUAUCUUCAUCCCCCAAAACGAACGCACUCUGUACAGCUAUACAACGUAGUCGCGGAUCCGAACGAAAGAAACGACUACUCUCAUGACAGACCGGACAUAGUUCGCUUCCUUCUGGCUCGCAUUGGUCACUACUAUAACACUUCUGUUCCUGUUCUUGACCCAAGUCAGGAAAUUUUACUCGCCGAUCCUGCUCGUCAUGGCGGCGUAUGGUCACCAUGGAGAUAA